AUGCCUAAUCUCCGGCGGACUGAGUCUGACCUGGGGGCCAAGAAGAUGGCCAUUCCGCGCCUCGCAGAAGGAGCUGAGUCGGCGUUCACCUCUCCAGGCAGAUUCCACCGUCGACAUGCAUACGAAGACGUUAUCAGAAAACUGAGCAAUCGAUUUGGCGUCUCGGACGAGCAGCUCGUCAACAUUGCUCUGGCCGUGGAUUCAGCUCCAGACCUUACUCUGGACCCCGACGCCCCAGUUGCGGCAAUGGGGGAUCGAAAGCUCUCUUGGAGGUCUGGGUCUGAGCCGCCGCCUUCUCGAUCGUCCUCAGUCGCGCCUCCGGAGUUGGUGGACCACACCGAAGAAGACUUCAACAGAGACGAGACCGCGAGAGCAACCGGAUAUAUUGGAAAGAGCUCCGAGAUCACUUGGCUCCAGAAGCUGAGCAAGGAGGUUAGCAGUGAGUGCGACGCAUGGUCAACGGCCCUUUCGAGCAACGCCGAUGAAAAUACCCUACCCUCCCCAAAGUUGACGCCGCGCCCUGAGAGUCAAGGUGACCCUUGGGUAGCGUCUUCGAAUUACUAUCUUGAUGACCUGGAAAUCCCCAAUGCAGGGCACGUCGAUACGUCGGAAAUUCCCUCGCGUGAGGCAGCUGGAAAACUGCUGAAUUCCUAUCUGACAUCUGUGCAUCCGUCGUUCCCAAUAAUUGGAAUAUCGACUUUUGUUUCCCAGUUUCAAGUCUUCUUCAGCCAACCAUCACUGAAACCAGGAAAUAAGUGGCUGGCGAUUCUUAACUUGAUAUUCGCAAUCGCGUUGAAAUAUGAACAAUUGACCAAUGCAGACUUCAAAGAAGGCGAGGAGGGCCACCAGAUUUAUUUCUCGAGGGCCAUGGCUCUGAGCUUGGAAGAUCAGUUGCUGAACCAUCCUGAUCUGCAGCAACUGCAGGUAGAAGGACUUGCUUCCUUCUACUUGAUUGCAUGCGGCCAUAUCAAUCGAGCCUGGAAGCUUUCCGGUGGUGCAGUGCGAGGUGCAUUGGCUCUUGGCCUGCAUCUACGCAACAUGGGAAUGUGCACCUCGGACACAUCCAAGGAGAUACGCUACCGGGUGUGGUGGUCCCUGUACACGCUCGAGCAUCUCCUCGCCGUGAUAACAGGACGGCCAUCCUGCAUCAUCGACAGCUCAUGCACCACGCCGCUACCUGUUCCUUUUGACGAAUGUGAUUUCCAAAGGGACGAAGUGGCCCAGCUGAUCAGCACAGCGGGACGUGGCUCAAACCAUCUGGACCGAAUCUCGGCCAACAGCAACAGCGCAGCCAGCCUGGACUCGUCUGCAGAGUCGGAUGGGAACACUGCACCGGCCGAGUCCGACACGAAGGUGAACAGAGCAGACUACUUAAGGAGUCUACCGCCAUGCAUGUCACUGUAUUUCCUACAACUAACCUCCUUGACCACUAUCGCGAAGCGGAUGACGGUCAAACUCUACAGCCCCGAGGCACAGCAGUCGCCCUGGGCCAGCACGGAAUUUAUCAUUCAAAGCCUGAUGCUCGAGAUCGAUUCAUGGUUCAUGAACCUGCCCGCAGCCUACGAUUUCACUUCGACGCAGACAUCGCAGUGUCCCCUCAGCCAACGCAUCGGCCUGGCAUUUCUCUUCUACAGCACCAAAAUCGGCAUCGCCCGGCCAUGUCUGUGUCGUCUGGAUUCUUCGCACCCAGAGGGAGAACGCACGCACGAAUUCUGCAGCAAAACCGCUGCUGAAUGUGUCGAGGCCGCAUGCCACAUGUUGACCCUGUUCCCGGACACCCCGGACGCAGCGCUGCUAUACCGCAUGUCGCCGUGGUGGUGCACUCUCCACUACCUCAUGCAGACCUCCACCGUUCUGUUGCUGGAGCUCGCACUCAAGGUCCAGCAUGUCCCGGAGAAGGCCAGCAUGGUCCUCAAGGCGGCGAAGAAAUCCUUGGACUGGCUGGCUGCUCUGUCCAAGACAAACAUGGCCUCCAAGCGAGCCUGGAAGCUGUGUGAGGGAUUCUUGCGCAGGCUCGCGCCUCACGUUGGUAUCAACAUGAGCGACUUCCCCGACAGCGAUGAGGUCCGGGAAAUUUCUGUCCUGGAUGCCGCAGACGCGACUGAUCCCGCUGCACUCAUUGAAGACCAACUCCCCACCGCUGCGGACGAAGACGACUUCGUCACAUUUGAUCCUGCCUCCACCAUACCUACCUCCACUGCCACCGCAGUUGACGCCAUUGCCGCAGAGCUAGACUACAUCGCCUGCCCACCAAUGGACCAGUCCGAUACUUCCCUAGGAACGGAUGUGCCCUACAACCUGGAGCCGUCAGAUCUGCUCGAUCAAUUUAUGAAGCCGGAGAAAUCCGGCUCUGGACGCAGCUCCUACGAUGAUUACUUCCCCUGUGACCCGGCCGCUGGCCAGAUUACGGGUUCUUUCUUCCCGGCGGGACCCAACCUGGAUCUUGAUUUAGGCUACUUCUGGGGUGAUCCUGUUUGCUGA